AUGGGAAGUCUACCGCGUGAGCGUUUGGCGCACCACAUGGCGCCGUUCACCUAUACAGGAGUGGAUUACUUUGGGCCCAUCGACAUCAUCGUUGGACGACGGCACGAGAAGCGCUGGGGUGUUCUGUUCACAUGCCUCACAAUUCGUGCCGUACACCUGGAUAUUGCAACGUCAUUGUCAACCGACUCUUUUCUUUGUAUUCUAAAGGCAUUUAUAGCGAGACGUGGUUGCCCGCGACGAAUGAUGUCCGAUAAUGGGACUAACUUCCGAGAUGCGAGUAGAGUGUUAAAAGAUGAAGUGGAGCGUAUAUCGACAAGGAAUGUGGAGACCAAAUACACAGAAAUGGAGUUCAUGUUCAUCCCGCCAGGCUCACCGCACAUGGGCGGUGCAUGGGAAAGAUUGGUACGCUCGACAAAGUCCAUUCUAACGGAAAUCUUGCCGCCUGGUGGAUUGCGAGAAGAAGUGCUUCGUGCGGCGUUGGCUGAUGUGGAGGGUAUUCUCAACUCACGCCCACUCACAUAUGUACCACUGGAAUCGGCAGACUCAGAAGCGCUUUCCUCUUGGGCCACUCUAGUGGAAUGCGUGAACGAGACAGCGAAAUUCAAAACGGUGACAAGCUUGCCAAAGGAUUCAGAAUUUCGAGCCAGUUAG